CCCAUCUCACGCCACCGUGCAACGUCGAGCCGCGCCACCAGCAUCUAUGGCUGCGGCGCUCGCCACCGUCGUGUCUUUCCUGCUCGUCGUCCUCGUCUCCGUCGCCCACGGCUGGAACAAAGACUGCCCGCCUCCCGGUAGCGGCAGCAGCGGCGGCGGCCACCACGGCAAGCCGCCCGGUAGCGGCAGCGGCGGCGGCGGUCACCACGGCAAGCCGCCCGAGCACCACCACCACCACAAACCUCCCCCGUCUCCCCGGUGCCCGUCGUGCCACCCGCCCUACACGCCGCCGACGCCACGGCCGCCGCCAACUCCGCCGUACGUUCCAUCUCCACCACCAUACGUGCCACCCUACAUCCCGCCGCCGACGCCGCCAUACGUUCCACCCUACAUCCCGCCGCCGACGCCGCCGUACGUCCCGCCGCCGACGCCGCCGUCUCCUCCGCCAUACGUGCCGCCGCCGACGCCGCCGUCGCCGCCGCCGUACGUGCCGCCGCCGAGCCCGCCGGCGACGAAGACGUGCCCGAUCGACGCGCUGAAGCUGAACGCGUGCGUGGACGUGCUGGGGGGGCUGAUCCACCUGGUGAUCGGGCAGAAGGCGAGGGCGAAGUGCUGCCCGCUGGUGCAGGGCGUGGCGGACCUGGACGCCGCGCUCUGCCUCUGCACCACCAUCCGCGCGCGCCUCCUCAACAUCAACAUCUACCUCCCCGUCGCGCUCGAGCUGCUCAUCACCUGCGGCAAGCACCCGCCUCCCGGCUUCAAGUGCCCCCCGCUCUACGGCGCCUGAACUGAACAAACGAAGCAGCAGCUAGCAAAGCUUCGUCGUCGUCGUCAAUGGCGGAGGCUACUAUACUACACCCUCGCUAGCUAGCUAUACUGUGCUACCUUUACUCUCUCGAUCGUACUCGUGUCUGCGAUUUGUGUUGUAUUAAUGUACUACCUCCGGUUUUAAUCCAAGUGUAGUUUAAUUAAUUAAUCCACGAGAAAAGAUCCGACUUAUGAUCAA